GAAUAUCCAUUGGCAUAAAAUUCUCAUUAUCCGUCCAACAAAGCCUGCCUUGCGGCCCCUCCAAAAAGGUUAAACCCACGUAUCAGCUAUCCAUCUGCAGAUUCCCAAACCUAACAUCACCCACUGUUUGAUUUCCGAUUAAUUUUGCGGGACCAUACUUUCUCAUGGAUUCCACUCCACUGAUCUCGAAUUGCGAUGGUGGGGUCUCUGAGAAGAUCAUCAUCGAUACCGAUCCAGGCAUUGAUGAUAGCAUGGCACUCAUGAUGGCUUUCCAAACACCAAACUUGGAGAUCUUAGGUUUGACUACCACUUUCGGUAAUGUCUCUACAAAAGAUGCCACUCGCAAUGCCUUGCUUCUGUGUGAGAUUGCAGGACGUCGAGGUGUCCCUGUUGCAGAGGGUAGCUCUGGACCUCUAAAGGGUGGAGAGCCGGAGAUUCAAGACUUCAUUCAUGGUUCGGAUGGAUUAGGUAACAUAAAUCUACCUCCCCCCAAAUCCAAGAAAGUAGAUAUAUCAGCAGCUGAAUUUUUAGUUGACAAAGUUUCUCAAUAUCCCGGUGAAAUAUCUAUACUUGCACUUGGUCCUCUCACGAACUUGGCUAUGGCUAUCAAAAAGGACUCCUCAUUUGUAACCAAGGUGAAAAGAGUGGUUGUUCUUGGUGGAGCUUUCUUUGCACUUGGGAACAUUAAUCCGGCUGCUGAAGCAAACAUUUAUGAGGACCCUGAAGCAGCAGAUAUUGUCUUCACUUCUGGGGCAAAUAUAGUCGUCGUUGGCAUAAACAUCACGACACAAGUCAAAAUGUCAGACGAUGAUCUUGAUGAACUGAGGCAGUCUGCAGGGAGGCAUGCUCAAUUUUUGAGCGACGUUUGUAAAUUUUACCGCGAUUGGCAUGUGAAAUCUGAUGGUGUUUAUGGUAUAUUCCUUCAUGAUCCUGUCAGUUUCGUAGCACUUGUCCGGCCCGAUCUUUUCACUUACAAGAAAGGGGUUGUGAGGGUGGAGACACAGGGCCUCUGUGUUGGCCAUACUCUAAUGGACCAAGGAUUGAAAAAAUGGAACACGGACAAUCCAUGGACGGGCUAUUCUCCGAUUUCAGUUGCGUGGACGGUGAACGUUGAGGAGGUUCUGAAGUACAUUAAAAAUGUCUUAAUGACACCGUAAUUGAUGUCGGGAUUGUGGUCGAAAAUAGGUCUUGGAUUUGGAAUUCAAAUAGUUGCUCUGUGAUUUUAAGCCUCUUGUAAUCUAUUGGAAAUACCAACACAUCAUUUCAAUAAUUUGGUUCAGUUGUAAACUA